AGAAUUUCGGAUCAGGCCAUCUUUCUUCUCGCUGUCCACGCCAUUGGCGACAUGCAGAAAGGAUAGAUAGAAGUACUUCUAGCUAGUUAGUUAGUAGAAGCACCACUGUCGACUGACCAUGAGCACUGCGCCUGCUGAUACGUCUCAUUUGGAGACGAUUGAUUACAAGCCUCCAGCAUCUUCUGCUUCUGCUGCCAAUAGUAAUAUGAUGGAAGACGAGAAGAAACUAGAUGUGGAUGAUCGCGACAACGACGGUGAAGACGCCGACGUGGAUUUGUAUGAUGAAGAAGCGGAAUGGGACGAAGGUGGCAAAUCGCAUUGUGGUUACAGUGAAGCCGUCCACUCGACGUUAAUGAGUGUCGGUGAAAGUGUACACAAAAUGGUGGGUGAACCAACGCCUCGUGUCGAGAAGGAAUUGAAAGCGGUCGGUAAUUGGUUUCAGGAAGCAUCCUAUGCGGCCCGUGAUUUGUUUGGUACGAGCAACAGUGGAAUGAAGGAAGAUGCCAUGGACGCUGUCAAGACAGUUCUACGUGGUGGAUCCAAUGUCAAUGACAAGAGUGGAGAAGAAUCAGGAGAUCACACGGCGGCUGGUGGUAGUACUAUGAGUAUGGACAAUAUGGAAAAUGCGGCAUAUACUCCUGUACAGGCGACGGACUAGACUGGCCCAAAAAAAAGCACUGCCAUGGAGGUCCAACUAGUCAAGUUCAGUCAAGUACUUUUGGACCUACCAGUCAGCCCUUUCCUCUAUGUGUUUUUCUUUUUGCCAUUGGUCACUUGAGGGUCAAUUGCUUGGUUACUUACUUUUAGAAUAUGCCCUCUAUCUAUACACUCUUAAUACUUUCAAUUCAUGUUUACAAUAGC